CUUGUAUUGGAACCACCAUGUUGAGCAGCUUCACCGUUCAAAUUCAAACGCUGGAAGUUCGUGUUAAGCGCUGCAGCUUUUGAUUCACUUCACCGACGCGUUACUAUGCGUCAAAUGACCUUCCUAUAUUAUAUUGUGUGCACUUUUUGACUAUUUCGGUGCGUAGCAAAGCAGUUACAGUCAUGUGCUACCCAAGGCUUCUUUUGCGGCCGGAAGCAUGCCUACUAUUCAGCUCUAUCUUCUCAUCCUCUUCAAUAUACGCUCAUGGAACCCUCGGGAGUCGCUCUGAUCACAGGCUCUGCUCAGGGAAUCGGCAGAGCCAUUGCUCUCCGCCUCGCAGAGGACGGUUUCCACGUCUCGCUCAAUGAUCUUUCUUCAAUGGGAGCAGAACUUGAUGUCCUAGCAUCCGAAAUAGCCUCCAAAGGCCGUAAAUUUCAUAUAGUCACUGGAGACGUCUCAUCUGAAUCCGACGUGCAAAGGAUGAUCAGCUCGACAGUCCAUGCUCUAGGAUCCCUUGAUGUAAUGGUCGCUAAUGCAGGCAUAUGUAUUACAAAGAAUAUCAUGUCUAAAGAAUGGGAUCGAAUUGCUGCCACUAAUGGUCGUGGAACUUUCCUCUGUUACAAGUACGCCGCAAAGCAGAUGAUUGAUCAAGGCCAUGGCGGGAGAAUUAUCGGGGCAUCAUCCGCCGCCGGCAAGCUAGGCUCUCCUACUAUACCGGUAUAUGGUGCAUCCAAGUGGGCUGUACGUGGACUUACGCAGAGUGCCGCGCAUGAGUUCGGUAAAUAUGGUAUCACUGUUAACGCUUAUGCUCCAGGUCCUAUUGAAACUGACAUGAUCGCCGGCAUUGCCAGUGCUAUCAACCCCAGUAAUCCCGAACAAUACUACAAAGAGGCAAGAGAAUGGAGCGACGUAGGAAGAAACGGGACACCUGCUGAUAUUGCCAACUUGGUAUCAUAUCUCGCAUCUAAGGAGGCUAGUUUCAUUACAGGCCAAUCGGUGUCUAUCAACGGAGGCAUUUUCUGCGACUAGGGAAACGGUCCUUACUAAAAGUUGACCUUGUACAAUAAUUGCGAUGAAGCGCAAGAUCUAACCAAUGAUCAAAUUUUCGGUUCCGAGACCUUGCUUC